ACCGCGUGUUUCCGCAUCCCACCUGCGGUGGUCAGAUUUGAGCUGCGUCGUCCCCGUUGAGGGUUGGCGGCCAACGGCUCCCUCGCGGGCUGCCGCCGCCGCCGUUGCCCUUCACGCCAGGCAGUCGGGAGAAAAUGGUCGGUCGGAACAGCGCCAUCGCCGCCGGUGUAUGCGGGGCUCUUUUCAUCGGAUACUGCAUUUACUUCGACCGCAAGAGACGGAGUGACCCCAAUUUCAAGAACAGGCUGCGAGAGCGAAGAAAGAAACAGAAACUUGCCAAGGAGAGAGCUGGGCUUUCUAAGUUACCUGACCUUAAAGAUCCUGAAGCUGUUCAGAAAUUUUUCCUUGAAGAAAUACAGCUUGGUGAAGAGUUACUAGCCCAAGGGGAGUUUGAGAAGGGUGUGGACCAUUUGACAAAUGCAAUUGCUGUGUGUGGACAGCCACAGCAAUUAUUGCAAGUAUUACAGCAGACUCUUCCACCACCAGUGUUUCAGAUGCUUCUGACUAAGCUCCCAACAAUUAGUCAGAGAAUUGUAAGUGCUCAGAGCUUGGCUGAAGAUGAUGUGGAAUGAAAAAGAAAUGUCAGCAUAAUCAAAUCUCAGUUUAAAAUAUUUUAAAAAUUCGGAAGAUGAACAGCUCUGGGGGAAUAAGGGCAAAUGUGCUUGAUAUGGACUGUGUACCACACUGAAGUCUACCAAAGUUAAUUUUUACUUUGUGUAGAUCCAUUUGUCUGUUUUAUUUAUUUUUCCCAGUGAAAAGUGUCUUUUGAUGAGUAUUUUUCAUUUUAUAAAUAUACUGAGUUACUGAAAAUCAUGGAUUUUGUUUCUUCCUAAAAUGUGCAAUUAAAAUGUACAUACAUGUAACAAUACUUAGGUUAAAAAUACCCAGUGCUCAGUUUUGAAAGAUAAGACAAAAAAAAAGUAUAGGAGAAAGCUGAAGGAUGCACAUUUUUUAAAGCUGUACAUUUUGCUGUGCGUCAGAAGAUUGUAUGAAAACUUGAUUGUGUUUAUCAAAUAUUUGUGAAACAUGCUGCUGUGCUAUAUUAUGAACUUCACCUCUACCCCUUCCAUCAGUCUUGAAAUACUUUGUUUAAAUCAAUGAGCUUAGUGAAAUGUUUUAUUUAAAACAGUGGGCUUAAUAUGUUCUGGGUAUUUAUCACCCUUUGUUUUAGAUAUGUGUAGUUGUAAAUAGCACUAGCUGUGUGAGCUUCACCAAUUCGUGUCUGUUCACUUUCCUCAUUUAUAAAAUAAGGGAACCGGUCCAGUGCUUUCUGCGGUAUCCCUUUCAACUCCUAAUGUAUAUUGUUCUUUUCAGCAUCUUCAAAUCCACUUAACCUGAGGAGUGUCUUUGUUUGACUACCAGGCCUUGCAUUGUUUUAUACGCUGAAUUUCGCAUGCUUGCCUGACUUAGUAUUUCCAAAUUGAUCUUUUGUUAGUGUCUAACUAUUGUGUUGAUUUUCACUGUUGUCAUAUGGUUCUGUCACAACUCUGUAAAUUAAUUUGAAGUGUAUUGGUAACUGGAUGACCUGCUUGUAAGAAAUGUUUAUUCCCCUUUGCGUUUCUCUUGGGUGUACUUCUUUAAUCCUAAUUCAACUUAAUUCAUUUAUCUUGUUGAACACUAAGAGUAAGGCAUAACCUUGUGGCUGAAGACUGAAAAAAAUGCAGCUAGUGGGACCUUUUGUUCUCAAAUAUUGACAUGUUUUCUGCAUGUCAAUGUUUAAAGAUCCUUGGUAUUGUAUAGCAUGUGCUGAACAUUGUACAAACUGGCUUUUAUGCUGUCUAAAAGUCUGCAGAGAGAUCCCAAAGGUUUUUCCUAUGUACUGGGCUUUUGGUUUACUAACAGACUUUUCUUACUUAUCUUAGGGGUUUUUGUGUGUGGUGGUUGUGGUGUAGUGGAAAGAGUUUGAAAUACAGGUCUAGCUUCUGCCUCUAGUUAGUCACAUAGCCUUGGGCUAUCAUGUCAUGUCACCUGUAAUAUUCUCACCUAUAAAUUAGAACAUCAGACUGGAUGGUUCAAACAUGUAAUUACUCUUCCUCCAGGUACCUUCUUUCUUUUAUUAUUAUUAUCAUGACACUUGGUGUACUUUUUGGGGAGGGGAUGAUCAAUAGAAACAUGGCAGUCAUUUUACUAAUAGGCUCUGAAAUUCAAAGCAUUGUAGUAGUGAUUGGUUAAUAAUUGCCCAUGCAGCUGAGAAACAAGCUUCUCUCUUGCAAUAGUCUAGGUAUACAUUGGGGGAUGUGUGGGGCGGACAGAGGGAGAAUGUAGGUGGAAAAAAGAGCAGGGAGCAGACAGCUUGGUAAGAAAAGAAUGGGCCCAGAAAAACUAAGAAUUGGCUGGAGGAGUAGGGGUCAAUUUAGAUUUGGGGAGGGUAGAAAGCCAACUCUAUUUAUGUCCUUGAAAAUUGUAUUGCGGUACAAGCUGGGUUUCACUUGGCUUUCUGGAAAAUAAUCCACUUUGAUUUAAGCCUUGUUGAAAAGUCUGUGAUAGCCUCCCUUUAGAGCUGAUUAAGCCAAGUACAUUUUGGCUUAAUCAGCUUUGGUACUUUUGAAGGUAUUAUGUAAAAAAAGAAAAAAAAGAAAAAAUCACCUGUUUUUUUUACCCCAGUGAACACAAUGUUUCCUGCCUAAAGUUUUAAUAGUGAUGAAACCAGGGAAUUGUGAUGCUAGCCAAAUGGUACCCAGUAGAUGGGAAUAAAACAACUGAAUAUUUAAUUCGAGUGAAACAGUAUUACCAUGUGCUAAUGUUGCAUGCUAUUAUAAAAUCUUUGGAAAUGCAAACAUGUAUUAGGGUGUGUUGACAUGUUUCUUUGGGAAAGAUCUUUGUUAAAUACAAAGGUUCUAUAGUUUGUAUUUAAGGUGAAAGCAUUUAAAACAUAGCUUACCUGACAGUAGUAUUGUUUUUCUAUUAAUAGAUAACUAGAACUUAUGUUCACAUUUAACUUAGGUAAAGUGUGUAAAACCUACUACAGUGUGCCUAGCAUACAUUCAGUAAAUACUUGAUUCUUCUAAUCCCUCAGUAAGUUUGAUAUUUUUACCUCUCUCCUGCCUUUGUGACCUCACUGAUUCGACCUGUGGACCAGAGUGUUAAUGAAAUGUUAUUGCAGAAGAGAUUUUGAGAAAAUUGGCAUAUCAUGCGGCCAUCGCAAUUUUUUUUUCUUGUAACAUAAAAAAAAUGCAGUUUUUAUUGCUUGUGCCUCAACUGUUUAAGUGAAUAUUAAAGGACUUGGAGAAAA